ACACCGUUGCUGAUGUGGAACUCGGUGAGCAGGACAACGAGUCGAAGGCUGCACCUGAGGGGGAGAAUGCAAAACCUGACAGGCAAGUCUCCCCGGACAAGCUCUUACGAGCAGCUCUUUUGAGGGGCCGUUAUGCUGAUGUAAUUGUGAAAGCUCGUGGGAUUCUCUGCCAGGGUGGAGAUAAACAGGAGGAGCUGGAGAAACUGCAGAAGGAAGAGAAAGAACGGCUUCUGGCUGAAGGUAAUGCAGCCAUGGAAGCCCGCAGAGCUGAAGCAGAGGCUGAAUCUAAGCGUAAGCGGGACCUUGAGAGGGAAAAGGCUCGUCAGGCCUUGCAGGAGAUGGAGAGAACUGUAGAAAUGAAUGACAGUGUUGAUCCCAAGGACCUAGAAAUGCUUGGUACAGUCACCACAGAACAUAUUGUGAGUUCUGUCGAUGAAACGAGUCCAGGGCAUUCCCAGGAUGGCAUGCCCAGUUUUCUUCCUGGUUCUGGCAGCAUGUUGGAGAAACUUGGACUAUUUAUGAAAGUAGACGAGGAAGAAGAGGAAGAAGAGCCAUGCAGCAAAGAUGCGGAUGAAGGAGAAAUCAACUAAUGUCUGUUGAGAUAUUGGAGCCUUCUGGUCAAAGACAGAACAAUCGCCUGUUUCAGCUGGCCGACGCACAUGGGGAAAUUGCUGGUAGCUGCGCACAUGUCGGACAUUUUCUCUCAAACGGUGCACGAAAGAAUUCCCUCGAAUUUGGUGCUGCUGGAGGUGUUGAAUCACGUGCUUGCAGGAUUUACGCCUUCGGAAGGGAGGGGAGGACAGAGAUCGAGGCCACAAAAAUCCAGCUGCAAAUGAAAAUGGAGUUCAUCUCUAAAAUCCUCCUGGAAUCAAGACGUUGUUGCGAGCUGUUGUUGGGUGUAUUAAUCUGAUGGAGGCUUCUGGAAGAUUCCUUCUGACUCGCACACGGUCAGAUGUUGGCUCAGUACCACUUCUCACCAACACUUUUGCUGCUGUAAGACGACCAAAUCCAGCUGCUUUGGUGAUAUAGUCCAGUACGGAUUAUGAAUACUAAAGUGCAAGUGGGGCAAUAUCUUUGUCAAAUUUGUAUGCACGUAUCUACGAUUGUUCAUUGUAUACACGGAAGUUCACCAGUAAAGAUUAUAUGGUUAUCACCUGGUACUACAUAGUACAGUAUAAUUUAAUGUAUUUUGGCUACGUUCAGUUUGACUAAUUCAAAUGUAUUGCCUAGAUAUGUACUCCUUCCGUCCCGUCCCAUAAUAUAAGAGCAGUUUUUGACACUA